AUGUUGAACAAAAAAAUGACGCAACUUUUGGACAACGAAAAAUGCACACUGACGCAAUCGGCGGCGACGCUGACAAAAGGAUGCCCGGUAACGGGAAAAGCACUCGGUCUUGGACGACUGCUAACUGCAUUACUUUACCGAGCUCGCCCACUGCCCGAUAGUGCAUUGAGCUUGCCUCUGGUGAAUUUGAAAGGAGCGAAGAAGGACACAGACGAAAUAAAGACACUGACGAAAACUAAAAAAGAAGCAAUGGAGUUCAAUCCGCACUGUAUCCUAGAUAAUGUUGAUAAUGUUAUGUUCUGUGUAGAUCGAGCAACACCUCGCCACGUUCCCCUUCUGCGAACUGAGGGUAUGAUAAAGCUGUGCACUGAUACUGUCGAUAAUCCUCUCCCUGCUAAAAGUGCGCACAAAGAAGGCUCGCCUUUGCAAGUACUCCUAGAAGCAAUAAGUAACGAUGAAUUGGAGGAUCAAAACGAUACCGAUCGAGACGGGGAGUUGCAGCACGAUCAUCCGGGCAAGAAUGACGAUACUCAUGCCGACGCACGAAUCGUUCGUUCGCCAAUGUGGCUACGACCAACCAAUCCCAUCACAGAAUACACGUCUCCCACAUGUACGAUGGAGGACAACCCAAAGCAUGGACACCUAUCAAGAAUGCGAAUCGCUAUUUUCAACAGAUAUUGUGACAUUGUUCUUAUCACCCUUGGAAAACUAUUCUUGCAACAUUAUCAAGCUCACUUGUUCUGGUUAUCAUCGCUAUUAGUCUCCACUACAGUAUUUGAUUUUGAUCCUGUAAAGGGAUUUGAGACCCGAGGUACGACGCUAUCCAAUGCUCGUCUGACCCUGGAUGCAAUCAGAAAGACUCGAGCUACGGCGAGAGAUAUUCUUCUUGCCAAGCUCAAGAAGAACCCAGCUAAAAGGCAAGCGAAAACCUUCAAGGUUUCAAAUGGUUUCAAUGGAAGCAAUUCAUCCUUUCGAGAAAUUGUAGAGAUGAAGCAAGGGGCCAUAUCUUCCAUGGAGAAAACCAGUUCCUGGUCUCCCUCAAAUUCUCGUCACUUCACGACCCUUGAACCGAUAUCCAUUGAUUACAAGGACUACGGUACCGACAUAGAGCCGAAAGCAGACGACCUUUCUGACCCAUGCGUGCAAUACAUGGCAUUGGGCACGAAAAUCCCUUAUCUAUAUAUGGACUACACAGCAAAGAUUAUACUUCAGAUAAAUGCUGGGGAGAUCUUCUCGGUGGAUGUGCUCCGAAGACUCUGUGAAGUGGACACGGUCAUUGACAGGGUAGUAAACAGCUCGCAGUACAAACCAGCGGGUCUUCCAUUUAAGAACUCAUUCAACCUCCCUUUCUAUUCAAACUGUCUUCGCUUCUCAACAGCGAAUCGUUGUGAUGCGAUCAAAAAACCACCACACACACCACCCACACCGACACGACGAUAUCUCUGCCCACGCCCAUCACUCACGCCACGCUAUACG